AUGUUGUUCAUGAAGGACAAACCGAUAGCGUCCACAACCCGUGAGAUGAUUGCCGUUAUGCUCAUGAUGGAUGAAUCUCGACAAGCGACUAAAGCAGAGAUCCUCCACCGUGCUUCCCAUAUGCCCUAUAUGCAGCAAGCGCUUCUUCAAAACGGGACGGGACAGGAGGCUCACGCCAAGCAGCUACUGGAAGACAUUGACGCUUACUUCAGUAAAGAGAAGACGCAAUUCGAAGUCAUGUUUCCACCCGAAGACUAUCAUGAACUCAGAGCGGCACCCAAAGCUCGGGUCCAAACAAGCAACAAGGAUGUCUUGUCGGCAUGGGCACUCAAAGUUGGCGCGGAGAUCGCAGAAGAAGAAAAGGACCGAGAAGGUGAGGGCCGUCACAACAGGGACUAUGGCGCGAACGUUGACGAUUGGUGCUAUGAUGCAGAGGAGGAGAUCUUAGACCGCCUCGAGUCGGGAUCUGGACCAGUCAUGUGCGUCCACACACUUCCACCAGGAAUGGAGAACGUCGCGUUUGCCAGUUUCCAUCGCAUUCAGCCUGCUGACGAUACCAAUACGAACAUCCAACGCGCAGGCCCGCCACGCGACCGGUUAAGCGCGCUUCCCGCAGAACUCAAGUCUAAGAUCGCACGGCUGGUGCUGGUGUUCCCGAGUAAAUUGAGCAUUGCAGCCAGUACCUAUAACGACAGGACCUGGUCAGACGAUCUCUGCAAAGAUGACAAGAAGCAGAUGGAGCAUACUACAUACAGGUUUGCUCCGUAUGUAAAAGUACCAAAGUUUGUGAUUCCUCCGGACGCUGGAUCCAGUUCUACCGAGAUAUUCAGCUAUCAUUGGGCGCUCGAACCUUCUGUAGUCAUACUUGCGCUGCUCGCAGUCAACAAACUUAGGUACGAGAUUGGCAAGCCUAUCUUCUAUGGGGAAAACUACUUCGAGGUUAAGGAUGGCGGCAGCUACCAUUUUUCGGGGUCGAAUUUUUGGACUCGUACAUAUCACUUUCAACCAGCACAUCACUUCUUCGAGCUUAUGAGUUGGUCCAGAGCGCGUGAUGGCUCUGUUCGCUACGGCGUCCGUCCCCUAGUACUCAUGCGCAAGAUAAACAUCGACAUGGAGUUUUGGGAAGGCGAAAACUGUCAUUAUUCCCGGCAGAUCCCGUGGCACUUCGAUCGUACCAUCAACACGCUGGUCGCUAUCCCUCACCUCAACAAACUCGUCAUCAAUGUGUUUAUGUCGACCUUGAAAUAA